CUUACUCAAAGAAAUGAAACGGAGGCUCAACCCGAAAUUAACUGGUGCACCCGUAACCCGGGAUUUGCCCCAUCUUCGCCCCUUUCUGUAAGACUGAAACCCUGGAUGACGGGGUUCUCUCUGCCUCUGGUCCUCUCUUCGCUCUCGCCGAGUUGCCGGAGUUCUUCGUCGUCGCUUUUCUCGAGUGUCGCCUUCGUCGAGACUCUUCUCUCUUUCUCUCUGUCUCCCCGGCGUCAUCGCCGGCACGCCGCUGUCUUGGUGCUUCCGUUGCGUCAGUUCAGAAGGAAAGGAAGAAACGCAGUGAUGGCCAUGGAAGUUGACCCUAAUCUUGAGUCAACAUCCUUCUCCUUCUGGAAACCCCUUCGUCGUAGGUUCAACCCUGACUCUCCUUUCUUCGCUUCUGGCAACCUCCAACGUGAACUGCUAGCCAAACAGGUUGCGUUGGAAUUAACGGAAGAGAAUGAACAACUUGAGGAUUGCAUCCAAGAUGGAAGGGAAGUCUUUUGCCCAAUUGUUGGUUGUGGAACACGCCUGACUUCAAUCGAGGAUUUUGAAAAUCACUAUAAUGUAAGGCAUACUGCAUCCUGUUCAGUUUGCUCCAGAGUCUACCCAACUUCUCGUCUGCUCAGCAUACACUUAUCUGAAGUUCAUGAUUCUUUCUUCCAGGCGAAACUUGCACGCGGCUAUGAUGUGUAUGAAUGCUUAGUGGAAGGCUGUGGUUUGAAAUUCAAAACCUACAGUAGCAGGCAGCAGCAUCUGGUUGACAAGCACAAAUUCCCAACCUCAUUCGAAUUUUUCAAGAAGUCUCGACCAUCAAAGAAACAGAGGUUAAAGUCUCAGCGCAAGCAAUCUAUUCAGAAGGAGGAUGCAUCAGAAACAAUGGAAGUCGAAAAUGCAGCCAUAGAUGACCUCACUUCAGCAGUCUCUAGAAUGAGCACUUCUGACUCCACUCCUUCCUCUAUCAGCUUUGGUCGCCGCAACAAAGGGUUGACCUUUGCUCCUCGAGUUGUUCAGCAAAAAACCCAGCAAAGAGAUAAUUAGCUUUUUUUUUAAACCAAUUUGAAUUAACAAUUGCUAAAUGUUCAAUCUUUAAUUCUUGAUAUGUUGCCCCUUUAUAAAAUCCGUGGUUUUCUUCGGCUAAAAGGUUGAAAAAGCUGAUUAAGUUGAAGUUCACGUUGGGCACCCAUGAGAUAAUGACAUUUCUACAUCAAAUCUGGGUACAUAUGGACAACUUACAUUUCAUUAUC